AUGACAGAUACUAAGAAAGACCCUGAAAAAAAGCCUGAAUCCACAAACAAAGGCACUGAUACCAAAGGAAUCAUAAAAGAUAAGAAGAGCUCUGGAGAUUCAAAGCCAGCCUCUAAAGGAAUUUCAAAGGGCACGAAAAAGCCUUUUAAAAAAGGCAAGAAAUUUUUGAAAAAUAAAAAAAAGCAGCUAAAAAAAGAGCUUUCCCCUGAUGAUGGAGUAGGUGGGAUCAUCACGUUAGAUGCUGAUAGCUUAAGCUGGAAUUCUGUUGAUAUUGAUCGGCGUGUGAACGACUUUGAAGGUUUUUUUGGUUUAGAAGAGCUUGAGGGUGUAUCCGUGGAGCGCCAGGACGAUGGAAAAAUCAAGUUUAUUCAAAAAGAGAAGAAGAAUCAUCAACGUGAUAUUUCAAAGAUUGAUAAGGUUGAAAAUAAUAAUGAAGAUGUGAUCAAAUUAGAAGAAAAUUGCGACGAGAAAGAUAUUUCCAAGGAAAACGAUGUUCAUAUAACAGAUCAACAAAAAUCAAAGGGUGAAGCAAAAAAUGACGUUAAAUUGAAAAAUGAAAAUGAUGAUAUUGAAACAGAAAAAGAAAUAAACAAAAAAUUUAAAGACGAAGAAAUCAAGGGUGAAGAUGAAGUUGAUGAUGUUUUUACAACACUAGAAGAUGUUAAAGUUGACAUUUCCAAACUUGAAUGGGAUUUCAAAGAUGAUGGUGCUACUAAACUAUCUGAGUAUGCUAACAAAGCUCUUGCAGCUCUUAAUUUUAAUAAGCCUACAGAAAUUCAGAUUCAAACCAUUCCACUGAUUCUCCAAAAUCAUGACGUUAUUGGCAAAGCAGCAACCGGGUCUGGAAAGACGCUUGCUUAUGGUUUACCUAUUUUAGAAAAACAUUUAGCACUUAUUAAAGAUCUACAAGGUAAUAAUGUCAUUAAAGAUUGGCCUACUGCAAUUAUUUUUAGCCCUACUCGCGAGCUAGCCAUUCAAAUUGUCAAACAUAUAUCUGCCCUUGCAAAAUAUUAUCCUUUAAUUAAGGGAAGCUCAGGUGUUGUCCCUAUUACUGGAGGUCUAUCAAUUCAAAAGCAACAGAGAUUGGUACAGAACAAACCAGCUGUAAUAGUCGCAACACCUGGUCGAUUUUUGGAACUGUUGGAAAGCAAUAAUAAAAUCAUUGAAUUCUUUUCUAAAGCUGAAGUCAUGGUUCUUGACGAAGCUGACCGUAUGCUUCAAGAAGGUCAUUUUAAAGAGCUGGAACAAGCAUUAGAUUUACUUGGCCGUGGAAAAAAAUCAAAACGUCAAACACUGGUAUUUUCUGCAACUUUUCAACGCGACUAUAUGAACAAACUUGGAUCUAAGAAUAAAACUAACAUCGGUUCAAGUGGUCGUUUGUCGUCUAAUGAAGACGCUAUAGUUUUUUUGAAAAAGAAGCUCAGAUUCAAGGAGAAAAAUCCGUCAUUUGUGGACGCCAACCCUGCUGAAGCUGUCGCUAGCAAAGUUCAUGAGGCAAUUAUUGAAUGUGGUGCUAUGGAAAAGGAUCUUUACCUUUACUAUUUUACACUCCUGUAUCCGGGCCGUACAAUUGUUUUUGUCAACAGUAUUGAUGCUGUCAAAAGAUUACAGCCGCUAUUAAGAGAGCUUGGAAUCGCGUCAACUGGUCUUCAUUCUAAUAUGGUACAAAAACAAAGACUGAGAUCUUUAGAAAAAUUUCGAGAAAAUGAAAAUUCUGUCCUUAUUGCUACUGAUGUUGCCGCUCGUGGUUUAGAUAUCCCCAUGAUUCAGCACGUUGUACACUAUAACCUUCCUCGUACAGCCGAUAUGUACGUUCAUAGAUCAGGACGUACUGCCCGUGCCGGAUCCGAGGGUGUUUCUGUUAUCAUCUGUUCCCCAGAAGAAGCUUCUGGACCACUGGUAAAACUCAAACGAGUGUUGUAUCGUGAUCAAGUUAGAAACAAUAAUCCUUUAUCAGCUUUUGACGUGGAUUACGAUGUAAUUAAACGCAUUCGCCCCCGUGUUGUCAUUGCAAAAAAAAUUUCUGAUUCUGUACAGGAAUCUACUUACAAGGGUAAAGAUACAAAUUGGCUUCAUGAAGCUGCUAAUGAUCUCGGUAUUGAUUUAGAUGAGCUAGCAGACUCUUCUAAAAAGCAGAAGGGCUGGAUGCCUUUUGAGAAGAAAGACCAAGAAAAGAAAAUUCUGCGAAAAGGUGAUUUACGCAACCUUCGCGAAGAGUUGGAUGAACUUUUGGCUAAACCUGUUCUUAACCGAUCCGGAAAAUAUUUGACUAAUGGUUCUGUUAAUCUUGCUCAAAUGGUAGUUACCGGUCAAUCACAUAAUGCAGUGAUUGGCAAAGAAAAGUCUUCAGCUCUUGAAAGUUUGACAAACCCACGAAAAAAACAAAAAAAAUAG